GACGGUAAACCGGUUAAGAUGAAAACAAAGAGAAGAAUGACCCCCAAAGAGCGCAAAGAAUACAAAUUGACAAGAAAGCUGGGAGCCUGUGAUAAGUGUAAAAGGAACAAGGCAAAAUGUACUCACCUCACGGACAUGGCCAAGCACAUCAAUCUGGACAAUGAGACCUGCGAAGGGACCAGAAAACGAUCUUCUCCCGCAUUCCGGAACCAAGAUGAAGCCCGAAAGAGGCCAAAGGAUGACCUGCAAGUUGUGGGUGUCAAUGGGCAGACUCAUACUACGCGGGAUUCUUCAUUAGGAAUCAAGCACAGCGGUGUAGAGAAUCAACCUAGUCAAGGUCACACACCUACCAUUGCGUCAGUCGAGACGGGAUGGAUUCGGGAAAUGAAUGACUCCCAAUCAAUUGCCCGAUCAGCUGAUUCGAUAUCUGGACAUCUCCACUAUUCACGAUCGACAACUCCUACGCCGGCACUUGCACCUGAAGCUCAAAAGCACACCACCAAUACGUCCACUUCUCCUGCAACUGUCAAGAAAGAAUAUUCCUUAGAGAUUCAGCGCUAGCGAUCUUCUCAUACCAAAACGGACAGAUGCGCACCCUCUAUUCAUAAGUUCAUACUGCAUUUACAUCAACGUUUUUCCCCUUUCUCAUUACGCAAAAUUUGGAAGGAAUUAUACAGGCAUACAGUAACGACCAUUCAUGAUCUUAUUUUCUAUUGCGCUAUACGUUAUUUUUGUUGUUUUCCUGGUUCUCUUUUUCUUUCAGUGGCAGAUAGGCCAGAUUGAUUGGCAGGCACCUCUCGUUUUAAUGGGUUGUUAGUUGUAAGUGUCGACUAGGAAACCAAACAUUGCGAUAUUUUUGGGCAAAAAUGCGAGUCUUGAUCAUUCUGUGUUAUGGUUCCCAUGUGUGUGCGAUUAUAUUCGCAUUUGCUGUGAAAUUUGGUCAAAUAUACAUAUGUAAUGUUUGAGCGUUCAUAUCUGCAAG